CUAGGCAUGCAGACUGCUUCUACAAACAUUUGUGAAAGAAUGGGUUGGUCUCCAGAGCUCAGUGAAUUCAAGCAUGGUACCAUGAUAGGUUACCACCUGUGCAAUAGGUCCAUCAGUGAAAUUUCCUUGCUACUAAAUAUUCCACAGUCAGCUGUUAGUGGUACUAACACAAAAUGGAAGUAACUGGGAACAGCAGCGGGGUCAGCACACCACCACUGGACUCUAGAGUACUGGAGAGGUGUUCUCUAUGAAUCAUGCUUCUCUGACAAUCCGAUGGACGUGUCUGGGUUUGGCUGUUGCCAGGAGAACGGUACUUGCCGGACUGCAUUGUGCCAAGUGUAA